AUGAUUGCUGAAUUAUCUAUACCAAUCAGUGUAUGGAUGUCGUCAACUUCUACAAAAGUCAUUCCGCACAUGGCAAAUCUACUUCAUCGAAUAAAAUCAACAUCGAGUGAUCUGAACUUCAAGCUAUCCUGUGAAGCUAUACAAUCGAAACACACUCCUCCAUCAAAAUCUCAUAUAGACUUUAUUCGCAUACACAAUAAUCCCGAACAACCUGAAAUUGUUCUUCCGAAUGGAGAACGCUAUUGUUGGUAUUUCGCCAUUGGUAGUAUGAUCAAUCCUAUCUCUCAAUAUCUUCGUGAAAUCACACCGGUUCUAUCGUAUCCCGCAACAUGUCAACAUCACAAACUAGUCUUUCGGUGUUUCAAUGGUAUUGCCGACUUUGAAGCAUGUCCAGGUUCGAAUUUUGAUGGAGUUGCUCAUUUGAUUCCCUACGACCAGAUGAUCCGGCUAGAUGAAAUCGAAUGUUUCUACCAUAGAGUUGUUAUUAUAUGUACGGAUUACGAGAAUCAAUCUCAAAUGGCCUAUGCUUAUCAAAUCAAAGUGAAAAAUCAACCAAGCGGGAUUCCGCGUGAGCGGUAUUUAGAUGUCAUCAUCAAAGGCUGUGAAUAUUACAAAGUUCGACCUGAAUAUACCAACCACCUUCGCAACGAGCAACCUGUCGUGCCACGAAAACAACCACACGAGUUUCAUUCUUUUCAAGGUUUUCCUCCUGAUGUCUACUAUUCGGAAGAAGAGCUGAAAAAACACGAUGGAAGUGAUCCGUCAGUUCCAUUGUGGAUUUCCAUCAACGGAAAGAUUCUUGAGUAUGCUGGGCUACCGCCACCUGAUCAUGCCGAUCAUGAUUUUCAAAAAAGUUUUCUGACAUUUUUAAAGCCGAAUCUCGGUGGGCGUGAGGUAACUAAUGUUAUUGCAAAAACACUAUAUGAGCCAUUGUAUAAACUGCCACUUACCAACGAAGACAUAUGCGAUGAACAUCGUGCACAGAUCGAAGAUUUCUACUACAACACUUUAUCGAACUCAGACCAUCAUACUUACUGGAAAGCCAUCGGACGUCUAUGUUAA